AAGAGUCUGCCUCACGAACACAAGUGGAUAGGAGGAGAACAAGUCCAUAUUUUGGAAGCAAAUACAGUAGAGAAGCUCUGAGCCCGCCUCGAAGGAAGGCCCGCAGAAAAUGGACUCCUCCACGCUCUCCUUUUAACCUGGUCCAAGAGACACUUUUCCAUGAUCCGUGGAAACUCCUCAUUGCAACCAUAUUUCUCAAUAAAACUUCAGGUAAAAUGGCGAUCCCUGUGCUCUGGGAGUUCCUGAAGAAGUAUCCUUCUCCAGAAGUAGCCAGGAGUGCAGACUGGAAGGAAAUGUCAGAGCUGCUCAAACCUCUCGGCCUCUACGAACUCAGAGCGAAAACCAUCAUCAGGUUCUCAGGGGAGUACCUGAGCAAGCCCUGGCGGUACCCCAUCGAGCUGCACGGCAUCGGCAAGUACGGCAACGACUCCUACCGCAUCUUCUGCGUCAACGAGUGGAAGGAG